UCAUUUUCCUUCUCGAGAACACGCAGGCCGCUCGUCUUCUCUAUUGGUCUCUCUCCCAACCCCAGACCCAUGAAAAAUCAACGCCAUGACUGAUCAGUUCCGGCUGGAGAACCUCUCCAGAACCUCGCAGAUCUUCCGCGAAACAACUUCUUCCUUCACCUCCAAACUCCCCACCUUCCUCUUCCUGUCCCUCCUCCUCUUCUCAUUCCGCACCACCGUCGAGGAUGGCACCCGCCAUCUCACCUCCUUCAUCGAUCGAGAUGCUUCCCUCAAGGCGCUCCUAUCCCGUCUCGACCUCGCCGGCUCCCAAGCCUCCCGUCGCCAUGGCCUUUCUUCCCCCGAUGAAUCCCCCGCCGCUCUACGCCGUCGCCGCCGCCGCCCCUUCCUUCACCUCACUCGCAUCGGUACCCUUGACGAGGACUUCUUCUCCGGCAAUGAAGAAGAGGAUCGUUCCACCUUCGGCUUCAACAGCAAGCCACCAGUCAAUGGUACCCUUGUCUUUUUCAACAAUUUCAGCCCCAGAUUAGGGUCUUCGAGUCCCGUAAUUGACAACGGGAUCAACAUCCCCGAGAUCGUCCGCACCGGAAUUAGUUUCCGAGCUGAGAGCUUGUAUCUUUCCUCCGAAGAUGACAAACGCGACGACCACAAAGAUGAGCAAGGGGAAAGCUCGGAGGAAGUUCAAGACUUGGACAGAAUCGUGGAUUUCCAUUUCCUUAUCAGAGGACUAGAGCUUGGUCGGCGCGACGCCGCAACGCUGCUCUUCCUUGUGAGUUUUCUAUCCGCCGCCUAUGGUUGGGUGAUUCUAGGGUUUCUCGUUUCGUAUUCAUUGGUAUUAGGCAUUGUUUUUAUUACUGUUGCGAAUGAUCUGUUAGGGAGGUUCAGUUCGUUUUUCGGUACAAUGUGGGAGGGUUCGAGAUUGGGCCUCAAGAGGCUUUCAGGGUUUAUUUUGAUGAGAUGGGCGGUGAGAGAUGCACUAACUCAACUCUUAGGGUUGUGGUAUUUCGGCGAAAUCGAAGAUCAGUACUCGUUUUUUAAGCUUUUUGUGAGGUUGAAAUUGAUGCCAUUUUCGAUCAUGUCUCCAUGGAUCAGUGGUUAUGAGAAGGAGAUUUCAGGGUUUUUGUUUACGUGGUUUUUGGCCGAUACGAUUGUGGCGUUUAUUUUUUCUGUGGAUGCUUGGGUUGCCAUAGUAGACUCAAGGAGGACCGGGAGGGAGAUAAUGAAGGAAGGUUGUUAUCUGAUAUCGACAAUGUUGAACCAGGCUAUCCAGAUUAAGUGUUUGGAAGCUAUCUUUUGUGGCUCAUUUGUAAGAUGGGUUCUUGCUCGAGUCUGUGGGAGGGUCUUUGCAAUGGUGUUUCAGUCAGCUGUGGAGGUUUAUUUCAUGGUGGCUUGGCUCAUAUUUUACUUUGCUGUAAGGUGUAAGGAUUCUAGCUUGCAGGGUAGGAGGUUUGGGAGGAGAGAAUUGGAGGGUUUGGUUGACAGCCUAAGAUGAUUCUCUGUGGUGAUCAGGAAGUACUUGUGCUGUUAUAUUACAGAGCAUUUGUGUCUGUGAUCAUUUUCUAUUUAACUUCUUCAAAUGAGUCGAGACAGCCUCUGCGUACGACUUAAAUCCAUAUAUAGCCUGCAGAUACUUCUAAGCCCAGCCUGAAACGUGGGUUUACCCUUUAAAUAAAGCAGUUGACCAUCUCCCUCAAGUCUAGUAUCUCCCUUUUGAGGCUUUUGCUAUCUAAGGUGAUUUGCUCUGCACCAUGACCACUGAGUUGAGCGCCCCCCGCCCUUGUUGCGUAAGUGUUGUUGGUUGGUAGUGUGUCUGACCAAAGUGUCUGUCAUGCCUCUACAACGGUAACACCAUGCCUUUGUGAAUUGUCCAGAUUGCCCUUCGUGCCCUUCGUGACUGCCCAUCUCUUCUUAGUGCUUCCUCCGGCCUACAAUGGACUCCUCUAAUGGCAGAGCUAGUGCAUGGAGUCAAGACAGCCUCCGCGUAUGACUUAAGCAAGCCUUUUUCCGAGUCCUGUUGGAUGUUUCCAGCCCCUUAUGAUAAAUUCUUCCCAGAUUUUCUUACGCUUUCAUGCACCUCGUGGAUCUCCAUAGCCAUUUUUUUUCCAACCCUUCCCUUCCACUUCUUCAGGGAUUAUGAUGUGGCUUCUUCUUCCACCCCCUCUAUAUCCCACUAGAAUCAGGAAUCUUCCAUAAGCAUUAUAACAUUUAUGUGCGAUGAAAGCACUGCUGCUUACAGGGUAGAUUUUGUAAAAUUCCUUUUUCCCAUUUGAGCAAGCACACUCCUCCAACAUCUGCACAAGCCAUGUCACUGCCAAGAAGAACAAGCUCUUUCACCACCUUUCUACCUCACUCUACAAUAUGCACCGAUCGACUACCUUCCACAGAGAGCUUAAAAACCUUAGUUUCAAUAAGGACCAGUUUUGAGUAACCCAUCUUUAAUUUUAAUGGAAAAUACUGAAGAAGAUGAUGAUCAACGAGAGACCUUCAUUGCAAAUCACAGAAAAUGAAAAGACACAAACCCAAUCUGUUUGGGUAAACACAGAUCUCAAGAUACAUUAUUACCUGUUAUCUUUUUUUUUUUUUUUUGAGAAGUAAUUAUCUGUUAUCUAUUUUAGCAUUAGGCAAUUGCAAUUUUAGUACUUUCAAGUCUUUAGGAAACAUUUUUGGAUUAAUUCCCGAGAUACCCAUUUAUCAAAAUAAAUAAAUAAACUCCCUGGAUAGCUGGAGUGGAGAUAAUUUAUACUGAGGUGAGUUAUGUAGGAGACUUGAGUGGUAGAGAAGUUAUAAGCUUUGAGUUCCAGAGUUUCAAUUAUGCUUUUCUCUUAAAAGUUAAAACUCUAUGAUAUUUUGGAAAAUAUAUUUUAGAAGUUUUGGAGUAAAUUCCACAACAAAGGAGACAAAAAAAAUUACAAAAGUUACUUUGUGUAGCUUUAGAAUCAACAAUAUCUUGUGUGAAGGGACUUGUUAAAAAACAAUUAUCGUGUGACGAGUAUCAGUAAGUUCCUUGAUAAUCCUGUAUCAGAUCCAGUAUUUAUUGUUUAGACCAACAGAAAUCUGAUGGUUGCCUACCUAAGGUGUAGCUAUUAAGGUAGGAAUGUUUUAUAUGUGCUAAGAGUUGCUAAUGGAGUUAUGAAUGACUACAAUAAACUUGCUCAAGAAGCAUGGUUCUGAAUACUUAAAUAAAAACAAAUAGAUGAUCUUAUAGAGGUUUGUAGGAUCAUGUGUUAUCAGGGAAAGAUCAUGGUGCUAGGUUGGGACAAUGACUUAACGUUGUUCGGUUUUAAGCAUUUUUCCAAUUUCUAUUUUUGGUGGAUCUUUUAUCAUGUUGGAGAGGAAAUUUUGCUAUCCCUAAUAAGGAUAUUUUACGGAAGUUGAUCCCGCAUGCUUAAUGUGGUGCUCAUGGAGAUAAAUGAACGAUUGGAACUUUGAGAAUUGCGAGAAGACAGUGCCAGAAGUGGUCUUUGUUUUGGAACAUUAUUCCAAUGGAUGGCUGCUCAACUUUGUUUCUUGAUAGCUUUAGGGAUUUUUUGAUUGCUUUAGGGAUUUUCUUUAAUGUUCUCGUUUUCAAAUUAGAUGUUUAUCUUGUAUACUUCCUCUGUACAUCGAUAACGCUCUUUAUGGUUCUCUUUUUCAAA